UUACUAUGUUAUAUCCCGCUCUAAUCAGGCAAGAAAACAGCAUAAAAUCCCCAUUUUAAUUAACCCUUUUGCUCUGCCUAACCUUGCAGAUUAAGAAAACUCUAAUGCUCUCUUUCAAACACAAACCCAAUGCCUCUCCCUCUCUCCCCCCACCAAACCGGCCUUCAGCCACGGAUGGAGCACUAGACUGGAGUAGAAUUUUUUUUACUAGAAGCCCAACUUACACAGCCAGCUUCUCGUACAAACCACCAUCUUCCUCCCAAAGAAAAGAAUAACAAAACCUGUCAUCUGAGAAAAGGAAAGAGCCAAAACCCUGACUAUUCCUUCCUUUCGCCUUUUGCUUUCAAGAAUCAUAAUCGGAACACUGCCUUUGCUUCGGAAUCGGGCUUUGGGGUUUCUUGCUGGUGGGGCAGCUUCCUUGCUUCUCGCGGUAGGGAGGCACCAAAAAGGCACCUAGUAUGAAUUUAGUGGUGGAGGUGGUGGAUGCCCACAAUCUUAUGCCCAAAGAUGGAGAAGGUUCAUCUAGCCCAUUUGUAGAAGUCGAUUUCAAUAACCAGCGCAUCAGGACCCACACUAUCCACAAAAACCUCAACCCCAGCUGGAACCAAAAGCUCACCUUCCACCUCGACGAUCUCAAGAGCCUCCAAAGCCGCAGCAUUGAGGUCUCUGUUUACAAUGAGCGGAGGUCAUUCCCUGAGCGCAACUCUCUUGGGAAAGUAAGCAUUCUCUGUUCCAACACUGUUAGAGAAGGAGAGGAAACUUUACAGAGAUUCCCAUUAGAAAAGAAGUGGUUUUUCUCACACGUCAGGGGCGAUAUCAGCCUCAAAAUUUAUAUUUCACCAGAGCCCACAUCACCUCCACCUUAUCCACAAUCUCCUAUUUCUCAUAACACUGCUACUGCCACCAACAACACCCCUGCUGCUGCUGCUCUUUCCAACAAUCCCCCCGCUGCUGCUGCAGUUACUGAUAAUACAGCUUCUCCAAAAGAACCAGAGAUCAAAGAGCCUGUGGAAGUGAAAACCAAGACAACCCAACACAUAAAUAAACAGCAAGUCUUCCCUCAGCCAGGAAUAUCAGUGGAGACACGGCCUGAGGGUGCACCAUUAACCAUGCACCAGACCAACCCACAAGUUCAUCAUGACAACCAGGGUGAUUACAGUCUGAAGGACACAAACCCCAACCUCGGAGAGCGAUGGCCGCUCGAAGGCGGCCGCCCUGGAGGGUGGAUGAGCGGAGACAAAUUCACCAGCACGUAUGACCUUGUCGAACAGAUGUACUACCUAUAUGUGCGGGUGGUCAAAGCCAAAGACCUCCCUCCCAACUCCAUCUCCGGAAGCUGUAACCCAUAUGCAGAGGUGAAGCUCGGCAACUACAAAGGAACGACAAGACACUUCGAGAAGAAGCACAACCCAGAGUGGAACCAGGUGUUCGCAUUCGCCAAAGACAAGAUCCAGUCAUCAAUAGUCGAGGUCUUCAUCAGGGAAAAAGAAAUAGUGGGGAGAGAUGACUGGAUCGGGAAGGUGGUGUUCGAUCUGAAUGAGGUGCCAACAAGGGUUCCACCCGACAGUCCCCUGGCACCUCAGUGGUAUAGACUUGAGGACCGAAGAGGAGAGGGCAAGGUGAAAGGUGAGAUCAUGCUCGCAGUUUGGUUAGGUACGCAAGCUGAUGAAGCUUUCACAGAGGCAUGGCACUCAGAUGCUGCCUCUGUUUAUGGGGAGGGUGUGUUCAACAUCAGAUCAAAGGUUUAUGUCUCACCUAAGCUCUGGUACCUCAGAGUCAAUGUAAUCGAAGCUCAAGAUAUACAGCCAAACGACAAAGGCCGACAUCCAGAGGCCUUCGCGAGAGUUCAGGUCGGCCAUCAGGUGCUCAGGACCAAGCUUUGCCCAACACGUACCAUCAACCCGCUCUGGAAUGAAGACCUGGUCUUUGUAGCUGCAGAACCCUUCGAAGAAAAUUUGGUUCUAACAGUAGAAGAUCGAGUGCAUCAAUCAAAAGACGAGGUGCUUGGAAAGAUCACCCUGCCUUUAACGACGUUCGAGAAACGACUGGAUCACAGGCCAGUCCAUUCUCGUUGGUACAACCUUGAGAAAUUCGGGUUUGGAGUCUUGGAAGGUGACCGGAGGAAGGAGCUCAAGUUUUCAAGCAGGAUUCACCUACGAGUCUGUCUCGAGGGUGCUUAUCACGUAAUCGACGAGUCAACAAUGUACAUAAGUGACCUACGCCCCACUGCCAAACAGCUCUGGAAGCAACCAAUUGGCAUAUUGGAAGUGGGCAUCCUGAGUGCAAAAGACCUGCAGCCCAUGAAAUCGAAGGACGGCAGAGGUGCUACUGAUGCUUACUGUGUUGCCAAGUAUGGACAGAAGUGGGUGCGGACCCGAACAAUAAUAGGCAGCUUCAGCCCCAAAUGGAAUGAGCAAUACACAUGGGAGGUGUAUGAUCCGUGCACUGUGAUCACACUAGGAGUUUUUGAUAACUGUCACUUGGGGGGCCAGGAGAAAAGUGGCGCUGGGUCUGCUAGAGAUUCAAGGAUCGGAAAGGUAAGAAUCCGAUUAUCGACCCUGGAAGCAUAUAGGGUUUAUACGCAUUCUUACCCACUUCUUGUUCUACACCCAUCUGGGGUGAAGAAGAUGGGGGAACUUCAGUUGGCAGUUCGUUUCACUUGUCUGUCAGUGACUAACAUGAUAUACCUGUACGGGCAUCCACUGCUACCAAAGAUGCAUUACAUCCACCCAUUCACAGUUAACCAGGUAGACAAUCUAAGGUACCAGGCCAUGACCAUAGUAGCGGUGAGGCUUGGAAGGGCCGAACCGCCACUGAGAAAAGAGGUUGUGGAAUACAUGCUGGAUGUGGAUUCCCAUAUGUGGAGUAUGAGAAAGAGCAAAGCUAACUUCUUCAGGAUCAUGUCACUGCUGUCGGGGAUGAUCUCUGUUGGCAGAUGGUUUGAUAGUGUUUGUCACUGGAAGAACCCAAUCACGUCUGUUCUGGUUCAUGUUCUGUUCCUGAUAUUGAUCUGGUAUCCAGAACUGAUACUUCCAACGGUCUUCCUCUACAUGUUCCUCAUCGGGAUAUGGAACUUCAGAUUUCGGCCGAGGCAUCCACCACAUAUGGACACCAGGCUUUCAUGGGCAGAGGCAGUUCACCCAGAUGAGCUGGACGAGGAGUUCGACACGUUUCCAACAUCAAAGUCCUGGGACACAGUUCAGAUGAGGUACGAUAGAUUAAGAAGCGUAGCAGGGAGGAUACAGACAGUGGUUGGAGACAUAGCAACACAGGGGGAGAGAUUCCAGUCUCUGCUAAGCUGGAGAGACCCAAGAGCCACAAGCCUCUUCACAGCCUUCUGUUUAUGCACAGCCGUGGUGCUCUAUGUGACUCCUUUCAGGGCAGUGGCACUGGUUGCAGGCUUAUACAUGCUCCGUCACCCCAGAUUUCGGAGCAAAUUGCCUUCCGUUCCAAGCAAUUUCUUCAAGAGAUUGCCAGCUCGUACUGACAGUAUGCUCUGAGAAGAAUGAGUUCCUCUGGCGACACUGCCAUGUCCAUAUAAUAUUGCAUUGAUUUAGAUUGUUCAUGUCUUCUUCAAGCCCCUUGGCUCUCUUGUUUUAUCUUUCUUAUUAUCACUGCCUUUUGUGGUUCUUGUUUUACAGUCCUCAAUAUUAUUUUACUCCUAUGUAAUACCGUUGGCUACUGGACGCUAGUUCCAAGUCCCUGUUGGACGUGGUUUGAAUAGGUGUAAUAAUGUCUUCUAUUCUUGGUAAAAUACCUUCUGUUUGUCUUUAUUUCCCCUGAUGAAUAACAAAACUACCAUUAAAAACAUGGAGCUCUUC